CAUUUGCAGCACCGGGUCUUAAGCUCACGACUCGCGACCUUCGAUUGAACUCGAUCGACUCGCGACCUUCACCAAGCUCACCUAACAGCUACCCCUCCCAUGAAGAUUCUGGCUAACACUUGUUGCCUCACCUCCCUUCCUCAGCGAUCAACAAGAUGCGAUAUCAAGGUCGUGGAGCUGUUGUUGGAAGCAGGAGCGAGUCCAAAUGUGGAAGGAAAGGUUUUUGAUUGGAAUACUCCCGUGCAUAUCGCUCUUGAAAAUGGAAGGGCAGAUAUCUUUCGCCUGCUGCUUCAGCACGGUGGAGACCCUAACUUAUUCGACCGCCUCGGUCAAAAUGUGCUCCAUAUGGCGAUACGGAAACAAAGCACUGAUAUGGUCAGUUUGCUUCUUGAUCCGUGGAUCCAAAACAUACGUUACGAGGAAGAUUCGAACCGUUCCACGUCCCCACGUCGACGCAGUUCCUGGAAUCGACAUGGGGCCCCUAUCCAACCCGCGACCUGCCUAUUACAGAGAAUCUCAAACGACCUUUCGUAGACGCAAAGAUAUCUGAUGAGCAUGACAAGACGCCGCUCAUCCUUGCAGUGGAGAGUGGACUGAUCGAUGUUACGCGUAAGCUACUGUUAGCAGGCGCAGACCCCAAACACAUGGUUCAGACAUGUAUACUCCUCUCAAUGCCGCUAUCUGGACAGGGUCUUUCGAGUUGGUCAAGA